AUGUCAUCCACGAAUGAGACGCGCGCCCAGAUUGACGAUCUCGCCGCGGCGAUUGCGCGGGUAAAGAAGGAGAAGGGGGCUGCCAGCGAGGAGUGUAAGGCCCUCGUUGCCAAAAUGACGGAGCUGCGGAAGCAACUCCCUGCGAAGAAGGUGGAGAAGGCGCCGGAGCUCAGUUACUUCGACACGCGGCUGGCGAUGGUGAAGGAGUUAGGGCUCCUCGGCGCCGCGUACCCGCACAAGUUUGAUCGUCAGUACACGAUACCUGCCUUCAAGGCGCGUUUUGCCCCGCAGCUUAGCGAAAAAGGGCAACGUGUCGAGGAGGUCGUGGCGAUUGCCGGCCGGAUUGUCAACAAGCGAAGCUCGGGCUCGAAGCUCAACUUUUUGACGCUGCAGGGGGACGCCGACACCGUGCAGGUGAUUUCAGCCAUCAGCGACUACGUGGAUGACACGUUUGCCGCCGUUCACGGCAGGAUCAGGCGUGGCGACAUCAUCGGCGUGAAGGGCGUCGCAUCGCUCUCAAAGACAGGGGAGUUUUCCAUGAACGCGUUUGAGAUCACCCUGCUAUCGACAUGUUACCACAUGCUGCCCGAUGGCUGGUACGGGCUGAGCUCAAUUGAGCAGCGCUUCCGCCAACGGUACCUGGACUUUAUUGUGAAUCGCGAGAACAUACAAACGUUUGUCACGCGCUCUAAAGUCAUACGAUACAUUCGGAAUUUUUUUGAAGACUUGAACUUUCUUGAGGUGGAGACGCCGGUGCUGAACCAAAUCGCCGGUGGUGCCGCCGCCCGUCCAUUCAUCACGCACCACAACGAAUUGAACCAGAGGAUGUACCUGCGCAUUGCUCCCGAGUUGUACUUGAAGGAACUUGUUGUGGGCGGGAUGGACCGCGUGUACGAACUCGGCAAGCAGUUCAGGAAUGAGGGCAUUGACCUCACACACAACCCGGAGUUUACAAGUGUCGAGGCGUACUGGGCCUACGCCGACUACAAUGAUUGGAUGCGCACCACGGAGGAUCUCUUCUACGGACUCGCCAUGCACAUUCACGGCACACCGUUCGUCAAGUAUGCCCCCAAGGACUCAGAGGGCAAUCAACUUGCUGAGGUGGUCUUUAACUUCAACAAACCCUUUAAGCGCCUGUACAUCAUUCCGGAGCUGGAGAAGCGGACGAACGUUAAGUUCCCCACCGAGUUCGAGAGCGACUCAUCCAACGCAUUUCUGCAGGAAUUGUGCAGUAAACACGAGGUGGAGUGCACCCCCCCGCUUACAACGGCACGCCUGUUGGAUGCGUUGAUUUCCCACUACUUGGAGCCGGAGUGCCAGGACCCGACUUUUGUCUGCGAUCACCCACGUGUCAUGUCGCCCCUCGCCAAGUGGCACCGUAAUGACCCUCAACUAACAGAACGAUUUGAACUCUUUUUGAACAAGAAGGAGCUCUGCAACGCGUACACCGAGCUUAACAACCCAAUAGUGCAGCGGGAGGAGUUCAUGAAGCAGCUUCGGAACAAAGAAAAGGGCGACGACGAGGCGAUGGAUAUCGACGAGGGGUUUGUUCAGGCACUGGAGCACGCAUUGCCCCCGACAGGCGGCUGGGGGCUGGGUAUUGACCGUCUCGUUAUGUUCCUCACUAGCCAGGCGAACAUCAAGGAGGUUCUUCUCUUUCCUGCCAUGAAGCCGGAGACCUCGAGCUCCCUCACGUACCCACCCGGCACGCUACUUAACGGUCAGGGCGUACCUCUCCUCUAA